UGGUCCCCUGAUGCCAUUGGCGACAGACAUUUUGUGUGUUGGCUAGGGGCAGCGUCUGCGCCAUCGCCGCUCACCUGUGGGGUUCUCUCCGCCGGCUGCUGCUGUGCUGAUUGUGGCUCCUUCUAGUUGGCGGGCUUGGUCGUCCCGGGUGAGCGGCGUUCCUGUGGUGUCUCCGUGCCUUUACCGGCCACAUUGUGUCCGAUUGUCGCCUGCGUUGGCUAUGGAGAGCGGCGGAGGGAUGGAGGUGUGGAUGUCCUGGGGCAUGUUCUGGGGAGUGAUGGGUGCGAUGGGAGCCGCUGCUUACUACUUAUUGGUGCUAGCGGGCGCUGCGGAGAGGAAAGGUAAGAGGGCUGUAGAUUUGGGUGGAGGCAGCAUCACUCGGGAGCAGGUGAAGAGCAGCUACCAAAAGUAUGCCUCGUUCUUCGAGAAACCCAAGCAGAUCGAGGCGAAAGACAACGUCCCAAACUUCGUAGAUACUUUUUACAAUUUGGUGACGGAUAUUUACGAGUGGGGAUGGGGGCAGAGUUUCCAUUUUUCGCCUGCUGUGCCCGGGAGGUCUCACAAGGAAUCGACGCGGAUACACGAGGAGCGCGUGGUGGAUCUGCUGGGGGUGAAGCCUGGGCAGAAGGUGUUAGAUGUGGGAUGCGGCGUGGGCGGGCCCAUGCGUGCAAUCGCAUCGUACUCUCAGUCCCAUGUUACCGGCAUUACCAUCAAUGACUACCAGGUGGCUCGAGCGAGGAGCCACAACAAGAAGGCGGGGUUAGACGAAAUUUGCGAGGUUGUUUGCGGGAACUUCUUGCAGAUGCCUUUUGAAGACAGCAGCUUUGAUGGAGCUUAUUCCAUUGAGGCAACAUGCCACGCUCCCGAGCUGAAGGAUGUGUACUCGGAGGUGUUCCGGGUGCUGAAGCCUGGACAUUUGUACGUGACAUAUGAGUGGGUGACUACUCCGCUGUUCCGGGCGGACAAUACUUUGCACGUCGAAUGCAUUCACGGCAUUGAGCACGGGGAUGCACUUCCCGGCCUGAGAAGUUACAAGCAAGUUGGCGAGAUUGCCAAGCAGGUGGGUUUCAAGGUGUUGGAGGACAAGGAUCUGGCAUUGCCACCUGCGCAGCCAUGGUGGACCCGUCUGAAGAUGGGGCGGUUGGCGUACUACCGGAACCAUUUGGUGAUCGCGUUGUUGUCUUUCUUAGGAAUUGCUCCCAAGGGCGUGGUGGAUGUGCACGAGAUGCUUUUCAAGACAGCCGACCAUUUGACGCGCGGAGGGGAGAUGGGGAUCUUCAGUCCUAUGCAUUUGCUGGUGCUACAGAAGCCGGAGGAGUGUUCUUGAGGGGAUUUAGUGAAGGAAAGUUGACUGGCGCUCAUUCCCGUGUGGGUGUGUCCUUGUUUUUAUCUCCUUCUGUAGUGUCCCAGUCACGGCAUGUGCGGGGAAGGGGCUUGUGAGUUGGGCGUGAGAAUGGAUAAUCUGGUAUUGGCUUCAUGGGAUGUGCGUUGAAGCAGGGCCGACGAGGUGCUGAGCACAUCCAAUUACGAGGUGUUUUACCGGUGACUGUCAGAGCGAGGAGGAGACUCUUGACACCUCCUGGGUCAGGGGACGGUCGCAGAAUGGGUUCACUGAUCCAUGCAUUGUAGAAAGGUGAGACGUGCAGCGAGAUCGCAGCAGGCUUUGGCACGAGCGGCAUGUAGCGGCUUUGAAGAUCGUGAAGUGUGCUGGAGGCCGAGGAGCGCCCAACAUUGACCUAUAAACCAUUUUUUCAGAGGAUUGGUAGGGCCCGGGUACAGACCUGGCGCGGCCUUCGAUGACAUGGCAUUGGCAUCUAUAGAUUAUUGUGCUGCUUGCUGACGAUCAGGUUAGAGGACUGAACAGCAUUAGCAGGGGCAUUUCCAGCAGCAGCUGCUAGUGAAGGAUGUCAAAUGCUCUUUUGGAAUCGAAAAGCUCGUCAUGGUCGAACACAGCAUGUGUGCGCAUUUCGCUAAGUUUCGCCCUCCUGGUGUGUGGGAAGGGUAGGUGGUAGUGUAUGUGGGAUAAGGGGGUGAUUUCGUUUUGCUUUGUUUGCAUUGGUUGUGCAACUUAGCCUACUAUGGCAGCUUUCUGAAUUUUUCCACGCUUCAACACUUUAGUCCUAAA